UUGGAAAAAACACAAAAGAAGUUAUAAAAAAAGAAAAAGAGAUGGAUAUGUCCCAGGUUCUCCCAGAGGAGUGCCUAGCCCACAUCAUUUCCUUCACAUCGCCACGGGAUGCUUGCGGAUCUGCUCUGGUCUCUCGUAACUUCCGGUCAGCCGCAGAUUCUGAUGCCGUUUGGAAAGGAUUUCUGCCCUCCGAUCAUGUUGAAAUCAUAUCCUCCUCGCCAGCCUCAUCAUCCUCACAGCUAACCGCUUUAUCCAAGAAGGAACUUUACUUCCAUCUUUGUAACAACCCUAUCCUCGUCAACAAUGGUAUCAUGAGCUUUGCACUAGAGAAGCAUGGUGGGAAAAAAUGCUACAUGAUUGGAGCAAGAGGACUUUCAAUUACCUGGGGAGAUACACCUGACUAUUGGACAUGGAAACCCUUACCAGAUCAGUCUAGGUUCUCUGAGGUGGCUGAGCUUAGGUACGUGUGGUGGCUUGAUGUCAGGGGGAGGAUAGAUGCUAAAAUCUUUUCUCCCAAAACAACCUAUGCAGCUUACCUUGUGUUUAAGCUGACUGAUUCCACAAGGGGUUUUGAUGAGAGACUUGUUGAACUGAGUGUCAACUUUGAAGAAAGUGUGGGCGAGGAAAAGCUCCAUGUGUUCCUCGAUGUCCCUCCAGACUAUGAUAUGCCUCCACUGCCUCGGGAGAGAAGCGAUGGGUGGAUGGAGAUUGAGAUGGGUGAGUUUUUCUAUGACAAUGAAGAUGAUGGCAGCGUGGUGGCGUAUCUAAGGGAGGUUGAUAAUUACACUACCAAGAAUGGUCUCAUUAUUGAAGGAAUUGAGUUUAGGCCUAAAGAGGUUAGAUGAAUUCCCAGCCAAAUGAUCCAUGUCAUUUGUAGCACACAACUCCUAUCAGCUUUUGGCCUCCAUGUCCCUGAAAGUAAAUUAUGUACUGCCUGUAGAACUCUAUCCAGUCCUGCUUGAAAUAUAUAUAUAUAUGUUUGUAGAGGUUGAUUA